GAGGGGUUUGUGUUUAAGAAGCCGCAGAGGCCGGGGCACCGCAGCCGGGUGCCGGCGACGGAGGGGGCCCUGGGGAAGGAGCCCUUUGCACAGAGGCCCAGCUCCGCGCCUGACUUGCUGUUUGACACCCCAGAGAAGGAAAACCUCCCUGAGGGCGAGAGCCCCGUGGUGCUGCGCCGCUGCUCCCUCACCUCCUCCAUGGGCGACGAGGAGGAGGACGACGGCUUCAUGGAGAUCCUGGAUGAGGAGGAGAUGAAGAGCGAAGCAGAGGUGCCGCCGGGCAUGGCGAGCCUGCUGACCGCGCCACUGGUGAGGAAGGAGGAGGCAGAGUCGCAGCAUCCCGCCAAGCGCAGCAAGUGCCGGCAGCUCUUCCGCUCACCCUCCAUGCCCAGCAGCGUCAUCCGGCCCAUCCUGAAGCGCAUCGAGCGGCCGCACAACCACGACACCCCCGUCAAAACCAAGCGGCGCCGCAGCGUGGCCGGCACCCCUGGGGAGGGGGCGGUGAUGGAGCCGAAAGCGCGGCUGCUGCGCUCCCGGUCUUUCUGCCAGGAGGAAAUCGAGAACAUGUUGGCCAACGACCAGCGGGAGCUCAUCGGGGACUUCUCCAAGACGUACCUGCUGCAGACGGUGGAGGGCAAGCACCAGGACCUCAAGUACAUCUCCCCCGAAAUGAUGGUGGCAGUGCUGAGCGGGCACUUCAGCAGUGCCAUCGAGAGCUGCGUGAUCGUGGACUGCCGCUACCCCUACGAGUACGAAGGAGGGCACAUCAAGGGUGCCGUCAAUCUGCCCAUGGAGCAGGACGUGGAGGAGUUCCUGCUGAAGAAGCCCAUCGUGCCCUUCGACGCGAGCAAGCGCGUGAUCGUCAUCUUCCACUGCGAGUUCUCCUCCGAGCGGGGGCCCAGGAUGUGCCGCUUCGUCCGGGAGAAGGACCGUGCCUGCAACGAGUACCCGCACCUGCACUACCCUGAGCUCUACAUCCUGAAGGGGGGAUACCGGGAGUUCUUCCCCCAGUACCAGGCGCACUGCGAGCCGCAGGACUACCGGCCCAUGCACCACGCUGACUUCAAGGAGGACCUCCGCAAGUGCCGCCUGAAGAGCCGCACCUGGGCGGGCGAGCGCAGCAAGCGGGAGCUCUACAGCCGCCUCAAAAACUGCUGAGCCCCCUGGCACCCCCUGCCCAGGGCAGCAGCAUGGCCGCGGGUGGGACUCGGGGGCGGAUCUCGCUCUUCCAGCCCUAAGGCGGAGGGGGGAGCCCGAGGGGGGGCCGCGGAAGGAGGCCUUAGCCGUGCUGCAGCGCUCGCUGCCGCAUCCCAGGCGCCCUCAGGGUUCCCAGCUCCGGGCUCUGCCCUCUGCCACGGUGCAGCGCUGGGGCCGCCCCUGCUCCUUCCCCAGAGCGCGGUGCCCCUUCCUGAGCACAGGGGAGCAGUGGGGCUCUACAGAAAGCACUUAACCUCGGGGCACCCCGAAGGGAGCGAGCCCUGGGCUCCGCGUGCCCCGGUACCGAGGGCUGCCCCCUAGUUAAGGCGCUGUAGGGGCGGGGGAGCUCUGGGGCUGCAGUUUGCCACCGCCCUUCGUGCUCAGCUCCCCGGGUGUGUAACCGCGCCGGAGAAUAAAGGGGCCCGAGGCCGCGGCGAGAGCAGUGUCGUGUACGGGGGGGGCUCUGGCCGGGGGAGGAGUGCAAAGAGGACCAGAGCUGCUCCAUCGCCCACUACCAAGACACUCUACUCCUAA